AUGGUAUCGAGCUUUUGCGACAGUUCGCACACCCACUUGGAGGUACGAUGUCGUCCCGCUGUCGGUGGAGACCCAGAAUUCCAUGAAUACAGCCGCUUCCCAGAUUCUUGGGAGCACCUCUACCAAGGCGACAUCUCCAGCCUCGAAGUCCGCGUGCUUGACCGCCGCGACAUAGAUGUGUUCACUCAUGUUCGCUGCCUGAGACAUGACACCUGCUUUUGCGGCUGGGAUGACUGCCACAUCGAUUCGCUGAUCGUCGCCGUCGACGGCGCUUGUCCUUUCAACGGUCAAGCUGGCGCGAACAGGUCUGCAUGUGGCAUCUACUUUGGUCCAAACAACGCAUUCAACAUGAGCUUCCUUGUGCCCGAUGAGUACAGGCGAAACCGGGAGGGACGACGGGUUCGCCGCGCACAUACAAACCAGCGUGCCGAGUUGCGUGCCGUCGCAGAGGGCUUGAAGGCCGCCCAGCGCUUUUGUCAACGAGGAUGGCGGCAUCAUCCCUUUCGAUACCGGGGAAAUCCGUGUGUGGUGCGUCAUAUCGUCAUCAAGUCGGAUUCUGCGUACAUUGUCGACGCUAUUGCAGGAAGAAAUGGACAGCCGGGGUGGAUAUCUCACUGGGUCAACAACAACUUCCACCGUGCCAAUGGGGAACCAGUCAAGAAUCGGUACCUCUGGGACUGGAUCCUCUCGGAGACAACCGAACUUUCGUCUAUGGGCGUUACUGUCGAAUUUUGGCACGUUCCGCGCAGUCACAAUCGAGAGGCCGAUGCCCUUGCGAACGAGGCCUUGCGAGGCAAUGCGUAUCGCUGA